GUCAGGUUUUGCGCUAGUAGGCACACAUUUGGAUCUAGUUGUUACUUCCGUAGCUUCACAAAGCUCAUCUAUCGGUCGUAUCCAAAUGUCUUUAGAUGUGCUUUUAAAAUGUGAUUUUUCGGAGGCAGAAUUACCUUCUGAUUGGAUACAAAACGUUCUGUUUUCUAUUCCAUCUGACGUAAAGAUUAUUAUCAUCGGGUUGCACACUAGGAUGCUUGUCUUUGGAGAAUUAUCUCGGAACACUGAAGAGUUUACCCUACUUGGUGAAUUAAAGUUUCAAAGUUACAUCAAAGCGAUUAGUUGUUUAUAUUUUUCUUCUUUCAGAAAUAGCAAUGAUGCUAGAUGUGGACCGAAUGUUUAUGUUGUUGGACUUGAGAAUGGCGAACUAUUAUUUCUACACGAGAAUAAUAAAAUUCUUUUGUGCAUCAAGACUGGAUUUGAUUCCGUUAGAUCUAUCCAUUUAACUUCAUGUGGCGAAAAUUUAUGUGUUUUAUAUAAAACGACAAUCAUUUACUUUAAUCUUGACGAUGUGGAAGGUGUUUUAUCAAAUAGCUUUACGUACUUGUCAGAUUGUUCUCUCCAGUCUUAUGGAAACACUACUUUUCAGUACACAAUGACUAUUCGUUAUCGAUUGUUGACAAUUCCAACUGAUGGUGAAAGCAGAUAUUUUUCUUGUUUGUCGAAAUAUCAGGUGGGGAUUUUCGAUUCAUUGGUUCGUAAAUUCGCUUUUGAAUCACAAUUGCGAGAUGAUAAGAUGUGUAUUUCACCCAUUCAGACUAGGUGGAUAACAGCUGGAUCUAAUCCUUUCAUCAGCUUCAGUUUUUUAAAUGAGAAUGCAGACCCUGAAGUCUCUCAUUUUGCAUCUUUUGUCUAUCAAGAAGCUAAGCGUGCCAUGUUCGGGAUCAAAAAAUACUCUAGUAAUGAUCCAGAAUCGUUAGUUGUAACAUGGUCACAACAGAAAGAUAGCUUCAUGUAUCCCACUACUGUGUGUAAUUCUCUUUCCAAGAUCCCUUUGAGUUUGUCUCAUGGGCUGGCUGACAGUCGUCGCCAUAUAUUAUCUUCCGGUGUUGCUAUUUCACCUGACCAUCACUGGUUAGCUAUUCCCGAUAGCCUUGGAAGAGUCCUUCUCGUGGAUGCUUGUAGAGAGCGUGUUGUACGUAUGUGGAAGGGUUACAGAGAUGCUGAAGUUGCUUUUCUUGAAGUAUGUGACUCUGAAACUCCAUACAUUGGCUAUCGUAAUAAACCAAAUAAUUCUGUUAGAAAGACACUUUGUCUAUUAAUUCAUGCGCCACAUCUUCAUUCAUUGGAACUUUGGUGUCUAAUUCACGGACCACGCAUUGUUUCAUGGGAUGUUGUAGAACCAGUUCGCCUCAUUCAAACUGAGCGUCAAAAUUACAUGAAUACUACUAGAUCAAAUGAAUUCAAUUUGAAUUACUACCAAGCGGUUUUACUCGACUCAUCUGGAUCCAUUUACACAAUUGACCUAAAUGCAGGCCUUUGUUUAUCAGAUACUAAUACAGAGGCAGCUGUAGACUAUCAAGAAUAUAAAAUUCUUCAGAAAUUCUAUAAAACCUUGGAACAAUGUAGUAAUAACUCAAUAUCAGGUCUGCACUGUUCCGAUGUAACCGAUCUGUUGGUCGAAUUUCGGACAACUCAGUGGUUUCAAAGAGCAAUUAAUUAUUUACUAAACUAUCCAGAUCUUAAUCCUCAAAUGAUUUUGAAUAUAGUAACACUGUAUACACAGUUAAUGGAAAAAGACAAUAACACUAAUACUCAGGUGAAUAACAUAAAUGUUAAAAUUUGUUCAAAUGUUAAGGAUUUAGUCAAUUUCUAUCUUAACUUUUAUUCAUUAUAUGAUGAUACUAACGAAGUCAAGAAGUUGGAAUUCACCAAAACAUCACAUAGGAUAUGCGUAGAGUUUAUAGCUGAUCUUCUAUGUUGUGACCUUGAAGAUGCUGAGCACUGUUUACAGUUAUAUGAUGUUUGUGGUUCGAUUCUACCUAGUAGUUCCAGUUCUGUUGGGAAACCACUUUCUAUACAAAUGUUUCUUAACUCAUUCCGAUAUGCGUUCAUUUCAAAUAAUGAAAGUGAAAAUGAAUCCCAAGAUUCACCAGAGCAUAAUACUAAAUAUGUAAAACAGUUUCACCUACCAAUAAUUCGUUCAGAUAAUUGUCGUAAAACAUUAACAGAUAUUGGGUCAUUUAUUUUUAGACCUUAUAUGAAUGGUUUGCAAAAUUUCAAUUCUUUCCAAACAAUUAUUGAAUUAUCUGAUUUGGAUCCCAAAUUACUCCUGUUCUCUUUCACCUUGUUCAUGUUGAAUGAAGAUAACUACUUAAAUUUACCAAUUUUAAUUGAUCGAAUACAUCACAUGUAUUGUUAUAUAAUUUAUCGAAUUCUAGUCGAAUUAUUAUCGUUACUACCAGAGGCAGUAAAAGAAGACAGAAAUAAUGAUGGUGAAGAAAACAAAGGAAAAUGCAUAAGUGGAAAUGUAAAAAAUCAAACAAAUUUUCUUGACUUUCUUGAUAUAAAAUAUACUAAAUCAAAACAGCUUUAUUCAAUGUUGUUCGAGUUAACAUUUAAACAAAUAUACAGUUACUGUUUGGAUAGUUAUCAUUUAUCAUCUGCUUAUUUAAUUGUAUUAGUAAUACGUUGUAUACUCUUUCAAAUAUGGCAAACAUUUGAAUCGGAAGAAAAUAUUUUAAAAGUUUUAUAUGAUUAUACACAACGCCCAGAAUUCACAAUACACACUUCUUCUGAAAAUUUCAGUGAAAUUGGUAGUGAUUCUGCUAGCCAAGAACUUCAUCUUAACAAAAAUACAGUUGAUACUGAACUUCAUUCUCUAAGCAUGUCUUCAAAAUUGUUCAACUGUUUGACGUCAAAUUUACAACAUCUUGUAGAUAAAUGGCAUCAAACUUGCGCUCAACUAGAAGAUAUAUUAACUGUUGGACUUAUUCUGUUAUGUCCGAUGAAUCUAAAGAAAGAGUUCCAAGAUUCUCAUCAUUCUUAUCCAUAUACGUUUUAUUUUAAUUUGAGAUAUGUUUUAACUCAUGGUCGUUCCUAUUUAACUGGUGUAUUUUCAUCCUGGAUUGUAAAAAACAGCAUUACACCUGAACAAGUUUUGAGUUUCUAUCAACGGAUCUGUGCAAAAACAUUACCAGUUGAAGAUGAGAACGCAAACGAUUUGAUCACUUGUGAUCCAGCGCAUAUUAGACAAGUCAUUUUCUCACUAGCCUAUAAACGUCUUCCUUUCACAUUGGAGUUAGAUACUAUUCUAUCAACCGUUUGUUGGAUUCAUUUUCAAUGUUGGCUUAAUAACCUAGAACAUAUAAAUCAUUUGAUCUCAUGCAUUGAAUUUAUCAGUCGAUUUAGUUCAGCUGGUACAAUGAUUGCACAGGGCUUAGGAACAAUGAUAUGGAAUAAAGGUCUCAUAAAUUGGAUUAAACCGAUUUUGGCUAUUGGAAGAGGUGAUAAAACACUUGAUAAAUAUCGGGAUUCUUUUCCACAUAUAUUGGAUGUAGCCCUAUGUUUAAUUGAUUUCUUUCGAAUAUAUUCUAAUGCCUGCCAACGUGCUGAAGUAGUACCAGUCUUUUCAGUAGAAACUGAAUGGAGUGAUUUCGACACUUGUAUUAAUGACAAAUCUCUUCAGUUCAAUGACAAAGCAUUUGAGGACGAAUUAUUUUUAGAUUUAGAUGCUCAGUCUCCAAUUUUUGAUGACAACGCUGCAAAUAGUAUGUUUACUGAGGUUUCAACUGGUGAUUCAUGCAGAAAACUUUUAGUUCAAGAUGCUGUCAAUCAACCUGUUCCUAAUAUGCUGUCGAUAAUUUCGUGGGAACAACUUAUUAUUGUUGCAUCAUCUUUCAUCAUAUUUGGUCGACCUGAAAAAUUUGACAAGUCGUCUAAUCGACAAACAACCGAUUUGAAAUUCUAUUCACCAAUUGACUUUUUCCCAUCACAAGACUUACAUAUGUUAAUGUCACCUGAUAAUCCAAACUGGGUCAGCAUAGGUGUUGGAAACAAUGUUGAUGAUGAUUUAGUAAUAAGGCGACGCUUUUUCCUCUAUUGGUUAAUUGAAAAAUGUGUUGCAUGUCUUUCAUUGUUACCUAAUUCACAGCGUUGUACUACACCAUUAUUUACAUCAAAUGAAGAUAUAAUCCGCUCAGUUAAUCAUCAAUCUGAAUGCACUUUUGGAGCUGUAGAUAUUUAUCGUCGAUUUAGUUCUGCUGCUUUUACUUUGGCUAACCAUUGGGGUUUUCCAAAAGAUACUGUAGUUAUACAACAUAUAGUAUCCUUAUUUGAAGCUAAUCUAGAUGAUCAAGCUCAGCUUUUUUUAUCCAAAGUUCAAGAACCUAGUAAUUUAGCUGUCCGAUUAUUAUUCAUUGUUGGACGUCGUGUAGCUGAUCGAUGUUAUGGUCCAGGACAUAAUAAUAUAAAACAACGAUUACGUUUACGCGUAUUCAUCCCACUGACAAUUGAAGCAUGGCUUCGUGGUCUAUUACCACCGAUUUCUAGUUUACCUGAUAGUCAACAAAUUAUUGAUCAUGAUCCUCAAUUCACUUCAUCUACAACAGAUGUGAAAACCUUGACAUUUCUUAUUGACUAUGUAAUACAACAUCUACCACAAUAUGCAAGUCAAUGGCCUAUAGCUGAAGAACUUAGAGAUAUUAUUCAAGCUAUUGUACAGUUAGAUACAGAAUAAUAUUCCUUUUACUUUUUUUAAUCACGUAUGCAAGAAUCUCUUCAACAACAAAUAACUUAUUUUCCUUUUAUUAAAUGAUAGAUAAUAAACGUCUAUCUUUGAUUAUAAAACAUGAGUUAACGUGAUACAUUGUUUUUCUUACUCAAUAGGGUACAUUGGGUACAGUAAACGAAAGUUUUGUGCUCUUAAAAUCACAAAAUAAAUACUGUUCAUUUGACGUGAUAAACGAAAAUGAAACAUUUUUUUGGUUAUAUUGUUCAACUCUAUUAUAGUAUCUAAUAUGUUUGGUCAUCACCAUCACCAAGACACUUGCAACGUAGAAUUAUGGUACUUGCGUACAUCGGUUCAAGUUUCUAUACCCCAAUAACACAGCGAGAUGAAAUUGUCACGGUGAAUCCCAGAGUAGUAAAGGUAAUAACAGCAGAUAUCAAACAUACGACUUGAGAAAAAUAUGGAUUAGUGAAAUGGAAAAUUAUUAAUUUAAAAACUUCGAAUCUGAGGAAUGAUAAAGAGUAGAUGCACCUACGCCAUCGCAAAUGAUUUCGAGCCAUGUCACUCAAAGUCCUUAACCAUUGGUUACUAUAAUCGCGCGGACCCCAACCAGGUAGCCUACACCUAUUAAAAUAGCUCAGUCCAAUUUUCAUUGGCGGGUGCUAUGUAUUGGUUUCUUCCCCCCCCUAGCUUUCGUCUUCCAGCUUAUUCCUAUACCGCACAACAUCUCCAUCGAGGCAAUAAGUGCUUUGCAUUUAGUUUUGAUCCAUAUCUUGUGGAUUUUUCAGAUGUCAAAUUUGGGUGAAUUAGUUUCCCCAUAGAGAUAUUAAUGUGGUCGACUAAAGGAAGAUGACUGAUGUCCUAUCCCAAUUUAAUUUUCUUGAGGCCCCCUCCUGAUAUCGAGAGGAGUGGUAGCUGAGAAUCUACAACAGAGAUUGAAUGGCAAAAGUUGAUAAGCGUAAACAACUUAUCCUUUUUGUCAAAGGCUCUGCAUAUGCGGUGGUUCCACCAUAUGCGAACAAUAAAGUUUCCGAAUUCCAUAUGGCUUGAAAAAAUGUAUCUUAGUUUCAUGAAAUAACUCAAGAUCUACAGAACUUAUGUCAUCGUUAUUUUAUUUACCACCGUCCAUGACUUUAUUUAGUGAAAAAGUAAUUGUCAAUGACCAUCUACAACAGACAAAUUUUACGAUGCAACCAUACAAGUGAAAUCUGGUUAGCAUGUUUUCAAAUGAAUCAUGUUACCAUAGAGUUCCAGCACUUAUUUCAAUUUUUCCUCAUGUUAACUUUUAAAACAAAGCAUUUCUCUCAAAAUGUUUGCUUAAUUUUCAUUAACCUUCAUUAUCCACAAAUAUCGUUACAAAUUACUAUUUGUUGUCAUUCAUUCUAUUUUUGUCCUCAUACAGAAAUAUCCCCUUAAUUGAUUAUUGACUCUAUAAAUUAUUCUAUUUAUUAACUAUGCACAAAGAUACAUCUAAUUCUUUAUAUUUAACUAUUCUAUAUUCAUUGGGUGUUAUUUCCUGAGACCAAUUAAAACAAUGUGUAAAUCUUAGAAAAGUUUUCAAUAAAAAUAAUAUCCAUGUAUGAUUAUGAUUUAAUUUUUGUUUAAAAAAAAUACUUGUACAUACGUAGUUUAGUGUUUAUAAACGAGAAUGAUACACUUUCAAAUGAUGAUGUAAUUGCAAAAGUUUACAACAAAAAAACCCAAACGACUAUCAGAAUAAAAUUGAACAGCCGAAGUAAUAUAUUACUAAAUUAUUAUUAUAACAGGAUUACAGUGAUCAAAAAACAAACUAAUAUGUAAACUAUCUUACAUUAUUUCAAGUUAAUCACAGUAGAAAGACUACAAAAAAAGAAAAUAAAAACACCAACUAACAAACGUAUCCAAUGCUCAACACGAUAAUCUAUCUAUUAAUGAUAAUGUAUGGUAUGAUUUGUGCUUACAAAAAAAAACAGAUUGUGAAUGAAACUGAAACCAUAAACAAUUUGACACUGUACAAGGAGAAACUAAACGAACCAUUUUGCCUACUACUGCUAUUAUAAUGAAAUCAUAUGAAAGUGGCUAAUAAAGAUUAAGUACACAUUGAUGGUGAGGAGUGUUCGGAAAGAAAGAAAAAAAAACGACUAUUUGAACAAAAAGAAAUUAUCACUUUUAGUUAUUAUUAUCAUCAUCAUGAUUAUUAUUUAUUGGUCUGAUAGACAUUAAACGUCGAAUCUCAGCAACGGCAGAACAAAAUUGACACCAGAUAUAUUGUAAUUCACCAUUUAGAUUAUCACCAGCAAAAUUGUUUAUAAAUUCAAUAUUGCUCAGUAAUCGAGGAGGAUUUGCCUAAAAAAAUAUAAUGAAGAAUUGGCAAGCGAAAAUAAAUUCUGUAUUACUAAUCUAUCAACGAAAAUUGAUGAACUCAUAUUGAAAAGUAUCAUGUGUAGUGUCACUUGUUAGUUAACACAACAUCAUUUGACUGGUAUUGCUUUUCGCAUUUAUGGUAAGGCAUAUGGAUUGGUGGAAAGUCAUGAUGAAGACCCUAUUGGAAAGAAAUACUGCUCCGUUAUAGUUACCUUUCGUUCUAAAACAAAGCAGCGUGCAGCUAUAAUAAAAAUUUAUAUGAAGUCGAAAACUAUGUACAACUUAAAUUAUGUUAAUACAUAUGUUUUGUAGUUUAUAACAAGAACUGAUCUUAGUUGGAUAAUCAUAGAGAACUAAGAGGAAUCGAGCAGCUGUUUUGUUCUAAUAUGGGACUUUACAACAGUGCACAAUCACGACCUCAUCGGAGAUCGAAACCAGGACCUUCAAAUCUCGGGACGAGUAAUCCAUAUUUCCUAACGUCUGAAGUUCAGUCAUUUAUUUUAUGAUUGCUCUACUUAAAUUACUAUUUAUUGUCUGCUAUACACUUAAAAUUCUAAAAAAAUUUAAGUUAAAUAACUUUUCAUCAUUAGAUAAAUUAAAUACCUAAUACCGAAGAAAGUGCUUCGUUUUUAUUCACGCUACUAGCUAUAUAAGACAAAUCUCAUCAAAAGUUAUUUGUCACAGUAUACGGAAACACAGAGCAUUCGUA